ACCGGCGAUAGAUCCUCGCGGGAAAACGCGCGGCAAGACGCGAGCACGGAACCGCGCGAGAUCGGUUUGGCACUUUUCCCGCGGCGAGGUUUCCGGAGGACGACGCGCGCGCGCUCGCGCGAGAGAGAGAGAGAGAGAGAGAGAAAGAGAAGAAAGGCGAGAAGGCUGCGGAGUCCGUAUUUGGCGGAUUGGAAGGCUGGCCGGCGGCGAGUGGGCGAACGGGAAUAGCGAGUCAUCGGGGCGCUCGACCGCCUGUUGCACCACGCUGGCCUCCGAAUCCUGCGCCUGCUCUCGCUCUCGCGCUCUCUCAUUUUUCCCCUUUUUCGCCGAUGCUCGCAAAUGGCAAUCGGCCGUGUCGGCUUAAUUUAUUCGCCACGGCGCGGUCGGCUCUCGCGCGUGCCCUCGGCGGACGGGCGGUCGGGCCCCGCUCGGCGCGAGGUCCUCAGCGGGUCAAGGCCCGGCCGCGCACUCGGUGCAGCCGCGGCGAAUCCGGCCGAGGAGCACAGUCGGGCCUGAAAGACGGCGGUUACGUCAGCGCGCGGCGGCGUCUCGGCACGCGCGCCGCGGCCUCGCUCGGCUUCGCCUUCGCGCGCGCGCUCGCUCGGCGCGCGUCCCACGCCGCUCGGCCGCUCGGCCGCUCGCUCGCGCGCCCGGAGGUAGGGAUGCUCGCCGGAUCGCUAGAUCUGCCGGAUCGCGCGCGCCUCCAGCCGCCAGUCCGCUACCGGCGUUCGCACCGCGAGCAAGCGCCAGCCGCACGAGCACCCACGCCCACCCACCGAACCGCCGCGCCUGCCGCACCAGCCAGACUCACCCGCGUCGACUGCCAGCCGCUCCGCCAGGACCAGCCAGCAGCGCCCGACAUGAGCGGCUCGAGCCGCGAGGCCAGCGCGGAGCUGGUCCAUAGCCACAGCGAGACGGUGAGCACGAGCAGGUUCGCGCGCGAGGCCGAGAGCCGGCGGACCGCGGGCGCCGGGCCCAGCCCCGGCCUCGCCCAGCUGGACCUGCUGGCGGAGAAGCUGCGCAGCGAGGGCGACGCGCUGACCGGCGGCGAGCCGCGCGCCCAGAGGAGCCGGCUGGCCGAGCGCGCCGAGGACCGCUUCGACUACUCGGCCAGCUUCUACGUGGAGCGCAACGAGAGCUACGAGGCCGCGGCCGACGACUCGGGCGUCUGCCUGGAGCGCAGCGCGGACUCCCGGGACGGCCACUCGCGCAGCCCCAGCGUGGAGCGCUACCGGGAGAUCCGCGUGGUCCGCGAGCCGGAGGCCGACAAGGACCGCUACACGGUCACGCGGAAGAGCGUGCUGAUCGAGACGAGCGACGACGCGGCGGGCGGCGCGCCGCUGGACGACGCCGCCGCCGCCGCCGCCGCCGCCGAGAGCUACACCGUCACGAAGAACCUACGGCUGCGCGAGGUCGGCUCGACGGCGCGCCAGCAGCGCGUCGACAAGGACCUCGUCACCGUCACGGAGAAGAGCGUGGUGAUCGAGAGCGGCGGCGGCGGCGGCGACCAGACCGACGGCCAGGCGCGCGGCCGCAAGCAGCUGGUGCUGGAGACCACCGAGCCCGUCGUCAAGACCGUCUGCCCCGACAAGGACGUCUACACCGUCACGCAGAAGAGCGUGGUCGUGGAGACGAGCGACGAGCGUGCGCCGCAGCCGUCACCGCGCGCCUGGAACGGCACCUUUGUGCACGAGAGGACGAGUGCGACCAGCACCGAGACGCAGCAGUCCGCGGCGGCCGACCUCGUGACCAGACGCGAGGUCGAGGUGCUGGUGGAGGCGAGCGAGCCGGCCAAGCCGCGCGUCAGCUCCGCCUGGGACGGCACCUUCGUGCACGAGACGACCACGAGCAGCUCCGCGAACAGCACGGAGCUGCGGCAGAGCGGCGCCGGUGCGACCGAUCGACCGAGCGACCUCGUGACCACCAGGCGCGAGCUGGAGGUGCUGGCGGAGGUGAGCGAGCCGGCCAAGCCGCGCGUCAGCUCCGCCUGGGACGGCACCUUCGUGCACGAGACGACCACGAGCACGGAGCUGCAGCAGAGCGGCGCCGGCACCGUUGAGCGGCCGAGCGACGUCGUGACCAGGCGCGAGCUGGAGGUGCUGGUGGAGACGAACGAACCGGCGGCCAAGCCUUCCGCCACCUCCGCCUGGGACGGCACCUUCGUGCACGAGACGACGACGAGCAGCAUCACGACGAGCACGGAGCUGCAGCAGAGCGCCGGGGGUACCGAGCAGCCGACCACCCAUGUGACCAGACGCGAGGUGGAGGUGCUGGUGGAAGCGAGCGAACCCACAAAGCCUCGCGUCACCUCCUCCUGGGACGGCACCUUCGUGCACGACACGACCACGAGUAACACCAUGACGAGCACAGAGUUGCAGCAGAGCGGUGUCGGUAUCACCGAGCGACCGAGCGACCUCGUGACCAGGCGCGAGCUGGAGGUACUCGUGGAGGCGAACGAGCCGGCCAAGCUUUCCAGCACCUCCGCCUGGGACGGUACCUUCGUGCACGAGACGACGACCACGACGAGCAGCAUCACGACGAGCACGGAGCUGCAGCAGAGCAGCGGCGGCAUCGAGCAGCCGACCACCCAUGUGACCAGGCGCGAGGUGGAGGUGCUGGUUGAGGCGAGCGAGCCCACCGAGCCGCGCGUCACCUCUAGCAGCAAGCUCAACGCCUCCACCUGGGACGGCUCUUUCGUGACCGAGAGCAAGCCCACUGGGCCUCGGCGGCCGUCGAUGCCCAACGACACGACCACCACCACCACCACCACCACCACGCUCCUCUACGACGUGGCCGACUCGAGACAGCAGCUCGACUCCAGCAUCAGCUCCAGUCGGGACUACGAGCACACGAUCGAUCACGCGGACCAGCAGCACGCGACUACGCAGGCUCUGCUGAGCAACCAGCAGUACGCGCGAGUCACCAGCUCCAGCUCGCCCGAGCGUCUGGAGCCCCUUCCCGCCAUCCCCAACCUCCGGCAGGACAAGCCGCGGCCCGGUAGGAAACAGCCCAGGGACUCGACCAGACGAUCCUCCGGUCCGAGCAGAUCGCCGCCACCAGAGCCGAGCGCCACCUCCACUCCCAAAGAGAAGGUCCCGAGCAAGCGCAGGCCCGACGACGAGCAGCUCGCCCCUCUAGAGACGCCAGACAUCCUUGCAAAGAUCCCCCACAAGGAGCAAUGCAUCUGCGAGCUGUGCACCUGCGGGCGACAUCGGUGCCCGCACAACGACUUCGACGACCACCUGGAGAUUCCGGACGAGCCGCUGCUCUCGGUUACCUCGUACAAGCAGGAAUUCGACGAGAAGCACGUCGAGCGGCAAACCGGCUACUACCACAGCGACCAUCUCCGCAUGGAGGGUCAGUUCGUCGGCGAGCGCAAGACCGACUUCGUGCCCGCGAGGGCCGAGCGAGUUCCCGUUAUCAAGCCCCAAGACAACUUGAGACCGGAGGGCGCUUUCGAGAGUGAGCCACUCUGCCCCCGACCCCGCGGCUAUCGUGGCAAGCGCACUCACGGAGUCGUCUUUGCAGGUGUGACCACGACAGAGCUGGUUUUUACCGGGGCAACCGGAGAGAGACCCAGAGCCGAGCGGCGCAAUACCUACACCAAGACCGAGGGAGAGUUUACUUCCGAGACCACCUCGAGAACCGAGUUUGUCGACCACCGGACCACCGUUCAGAGGGCGGAGAUCAUUCGCAGAGCCGAUAACUUACAGCCCGAGGGUGACUUUGAGAAGCGGCCGAAGGAAGAAGCUCCGAAGCUAGCUCCCAGGCCAGCAAUUACUAGGCCGGACGACAAUUUAAAGCCGGAGGGCCCGUUCGAGGGCAGGCCGAAAGAUGACUAUGUGGUCGUUCGCGGCGAGCGCGUCGACGUCAUUAAGCGUACCGAUAAUUUACGCAUGGAGGGUGAGUUCACGGACACGCGGACGCGGGACGACUUCAAGGUCGUGCGCGGCGAGCGCGUCGAGAUAAUUAAACACGAAGACAACUUGCGACCGGAGGGCACGUUCGAAGGCAAGCCGAAGGACGACUACGUGGUUGUUCGCGGCGAGCGUGUCGAUGUCGUCAAACGCACCGACAAUCUGCGUAUGGAGGGCGAGUUCACGGACACUCGAACGCGAGACGACUUCAAAGUGGUACGGGGCGAGCGCGUCGAAGUUGUCAAGCAUGAAGACAACUUGCGGCCAGAGGGUCCCUUCGAAGGCAAGCCCAAAGACGAUUAUCUUCCGAAACGUAGCGAGAAGCCUCAAAUGAUUAAGCCGGACGACAAUUUGAAGCCCGAAGGAGGUUUCGAGUGGCCGAAAAAACCUGUGGUUCAACCGGGUGAAAAGCGUACUCCCAUUCGACACGCCGAUAACCUGCAGCCCGAGGGAGAUUUCGAGAAGCGUCCGAAGGAGGAAGCUCCAAAGUUGGCACCCAGACCGGCGAUCACCAAGCCCGACGACAACCUAAAGCCGGAGGGUCCGUUCGAGGGCAAGCCGAAAGACGAUUACGUGAUCGUGGUCGGCGAGCGCGUCGACAUCGUCAAACACACCGACAAUCUGCGUAUGGAGGGCGAGUUCACGGACACUCGAACGCGAGACGACUUCAAAGUGGUACGGGGCGAGCGCGUCGAAGUUGUCAAGCAUGAAGACAACUUGCGGCCAGAGGGUCCCUUCGAAGGCAAGCCCAAAGACGAUUAUCUUCCGAAACGUAGCGAGAAGCCUCAAAUGAUUAAGCCGGACGACAAUUUGAAGCCCGAAGGAGGUUUCGAGUGGCCAAAAAAACCAGUGAUUCGACCAGGCGAGAAGCGUACUCCUAUUCGACACGCCGAUAACCUGCAGCCCGAGGGAGACUUCGAGAAGCGGCCGAAGGAGGAAGCUCCGAAGUUGGCACCCAGGCCGGCGAUCACCAAGCCUAACGACAAUCUAAAGCCGGAGGGCCCAUUCGAGGGCAGGCCGAAGGACGACUACGUGGUCGUUCGCGGCGAGCGCGUUGACAUUGUCAAACACACCGACAAUCUACGCAUGGAGGGCGACUUCACGGACACGCGAACGCGGGACGACUUUAAAGUGGUACGGGGCGAGCGAGUCGAGGUCGUCAAGCACGAGGACAACUUGCGGCCGGAGGGGCCGUUCGAGGGUAGGCCGAAAAACGACUACGUGGCCGUACGCGGCGAGCGCGUCGACGUCGUCAAGCGCACCGACAAUUUGCGCAUGGAGGGCGAGUUCACGGACACGCGAACACGGGAUGACUUCAAAGUGGUGCGAGGCGAGCGCGUCGAGGUCGUCAAGCACGAGGACAACUUGCGAUUAGAGGGUCCAUUCGAAGGCAAGCCCAAGGAUGAUUAUCUUCCGAAACGUAGCGAGAAGCCCCAGAUGAUCAAGCCGGACGAUAAUCUGAAGCCCGAAGGAGACUUCGAGCGGCCGGAAAAGCCCGUGGUCCGCCCGGGCGAGAAGCGUACUCCCAUUCGACACGCCGACAACUUGAAGCCGGAAGGCGAUUUUGUAAAACGUAAACCGGAAGAGUACACGCCGGUGAUAAGACCGGCGCCGAUAAAGCCUCACGAUAAUCUGUAUCCGGAGGGUGAUUUUGAGAGACCGAAACCUAAGGAGGCACCUAAGAAAGGAGACAGGGCUCCGGUUAAGAAGCCAGUGGAUAACCUUAAGCCCCAGGGAGAGUUCGAGAAGCGACCGAAGCCAGAAGUGCCUAAAGCCGAACGAGCGCCAGUGAAGAAACCCGAAGAUAAUUUGCGCCCCGAAGGCGAAUUUGAAAGACCUGAGAAGUCACCAGUUAAACCGGGCGAAAGGCGUUCGCCCAUCAGGCACGAAGAUCAUUUGCGACUAGAAGGGGACUUUGAAAGACCGAAAAAGACGCCGCAGAGUCCAGCAGAGCGGCGCUCGCCCAUCAAGCACGAAGACACUUUACGUCCCGAAGGUGAAUUCGAAAGACCUGAGAAGUCACCAGUUAAACCGGGCGAGAGACGUUCGCCCAUCAGACACGAAGACCACUUGCGACUAGAAGGGGACUUUGAGAGACCGAAAAAGACGCCACACAGCCCAGCAGAGCGGCGUUCGCCCAUCAAGCACCAAGACACUUUACGUCCAGAAGGUGAAUUCGAAAGACCGAAACGUAAAGAAGCGCCUAAGAAGGGGGAGAGAGCUGCCGUGAAGAAACCAGAGGACAAUCUAAAGCCCAAAGGGGAGUUCGCCAAACGACCUAAACUCGAAGCCCCCAAGGGUGAACGCGCUCCAGUGAAGAAACCGGAAGAUAAUCUUCGCCCCGAGGGAGAUUUCGAUAGGCCCCGUAAAGCACCGGUCGGUCCAGGGGAAAGACGAUCGCCGAUCAGGCACGAAGACAACUUGCGCCUGGAAGGUGACUUUGAUAGACCCAAGAAAACUCCAUACGGUCCAGCUGAGCGGCGAUCACCAAUUAAAUAUGAAGAUAAUCUGCGGCCGGAAGGCGAUUUCGAAAGGCCAAAACCUAAAGAGGCACCGAAGAAGGGCGACAGAGCUCCAGUGAAGAAGCCCGAAGAUAAUCUGAAGCCUGAAGGUCAGUUCGCCAAACGACCAAAACCGGAAGCGCCCAGAGGUGAGCGUGCCCCAGUGAAGAAACCGGAGGACAAUCUGCGCCCGGAAGGGGAGUUUGACCGACCUCGAAAGGCACCAGUUGGUCCAGCAGAGAGACGAUCACCGAUCAAGUACGAGGAUAAUUUGCGACCGGAAGGUGACUUCGAAAGGCCGAAACCUAAAGAGGCACCGAAGAAGGGCGACAGAGCUCCAGUGAAGAAGCCAGAGGAUAAUUUGAAGCCCGAAGGGACGUUUGCCAAACGACCGAAACCGGAAGUGCCCAGAGGUGAGCGUGCCCCAGUGAAGAAACCGGAGGACAAUUUACGCCCGGAAGGAGACUUUGACCGACCUCGAAAGGUACCAGUUGGUCCAGCAGAGAGGCGCUCGCCGAUCAAGUACGAGGACAAUUUACGACCAGAAGGCGAAUUCGACAGACCUAAGCCCAAGGAAGCGCCCAGGAAAGGCGACAGAGCUCCGGUGAAGAAGCCAGAGGAUAAUCUGAAGCCCGAAGGACCCAUGGACAUACGGCCCAGAGACGACUACAAGCCAGCUCGCGGCGAGAGAGCGGAGAUCGUUAAGCACACGGAUAAUCUGCACAUGGAGGGCCACAUGCAGACCGUGACGUCGAAGGACGACUUCAAGAACUUCGUGUUACGGGAGCGCGCCGAGGUGAACAAGUACCAGGACAACCUGCGCAUGGAGGGCGAAUUCGUGGACAAGCGCACUCGCGACGAUUACAAGCUGGUCAAGGCCGAGCGCACGUCGGUGGUGAAGCACGAGGACAACCUGAGGCUCGAGGGCCAGUUCGAGAGGGUCGAGAAGGGAGGACCGACCGUACCGGCGGAGAGGCGCUCCCCCAUUAAGCAAACCGACAAUUUGAGAAUCGAGGGCCAGUUCGAGAGGGUCGAGAAAAGAGGGCCGUGCGUACCGGCGGAGAGGCGCUCUCCCAUCAGACAGACCGACAACUUGCGAAUGGAGGGUCAGUUCGAGCGGCCCCAGAACGUGACGCACGCCCCGGGCGAGAGGCGAACGCCCAUUCGGCCCACCGACAACCUGCGCCCCGAGGGCGAGUUCGUCAGGGCGCCGAAGAAGCAGGCCCCGCUGAGAGGCGAUCGGGCCGAGGUGCGCAAACCGCUGGACAACCUCAAGCCCGAAGGCAAGUUGGAGAUGCCCGAGCGGACGCUGCUGGUGAAGCAGCAGCAGCAGCAGCAGCAGCAGCAGCAGCAGCAGCAACAGACGCAGCAAGAAACGAGCGAGCGGCGCUCGACGACCAAGCUGGACAGGAUGGAAAAGAUGGAGAAGGUGGAGAAGGUGGAGAAGGUGGAGAAGGUUGAGAAGGUCGAGAAGGUCGAGAAGGUUGAGAGAAUGGAGAAGGUGGAGAAGGUGGAGCAGCGCAAGGCGAUCCGACACAGCGAUCUGCACAACGAAAGCGAGUUCGAGAGGACGCUGCGCGCGGAGGACAAGCAGGUGGCACGGCGCGCGCAGGACUCCCAAGAGCUGCGCACGGAAGUCCGCCAGCAGACGAGCGCCGAACAGCACCGGGCGACGGCCGGCCAGAGCUACCGGCGCGAGGACCGGCUGCGCAUGGAGGGCCGCGUCGAGUGCCACUGCGGCUCCGACGACAGAAGGACCGCGAGCACGACGAGCACGACGACGACGCAGCAUCAGCAUCAUCAUCAGCAUCAGCAUCAGCAUCAGCAUCAGCAUCAGCAUCAGCUGCAGCAGCAACUGCAGCAGCAGCAGCAGCAGCAGCAACGCAGCCAGACGAGCCAGACGAGCAGCGCCCUGCGGGCCAGCUACAGCGCGCACGGCGAGAUGCGCGGCCGCGAGGAGCAGGUGACGCGCGAGCUGUCGCCCACGCGCGCGCACAAGCGCUGGAACGUGAUCAGCGCGAGCACGGACAUCAGCAACACGGCGCUGCAUCGGCGCAUCGCCGAGAGCGAGCGGCGCGAGGUGCGCGUGCUGCGCUCGCAGCCGCCGCGCGACAACCUGGCAGUGGGCGGCUCGUUCUACCAGUGCAGCGAGUCCUCGGCCGGCUUCGAGGCCACGGCCGAGGCGCGCAGCCUGUACCGGCGCGACUUCGCGCCGCGCCGCCAGGGCCCCUGCCCGGCCGCGCUGCUGCAGCAGGAGCGCGCACCCUUCCGCCACACUCGCGACACGCCCCGCCACAAGUUCUACGUGCCCGUGCUCCAGUCCAACUGACCACCCCCUC